AUGUCCGACAAGCACCUGUCUCCAGACCUGACCAUCUACAACUCGGUGCUGAAGGCGUGCGCCCGGGCGCACGACGCGGGCGCCGCGGAGGGCUGGCUGGCGAGGAUGGAGGCUAAAAGGGUGCCGCCCGACGCCUUCUCCUUCGGCUCCGUGAUCGACAGCUGCGCGCGCGGCGGGAACUCGUCGGGGGCCGUGCACUGGCUGCAGCGAAUGCGCGGAGGGAGGCUCUCGCCCUCGGUACCGUGCUACGCGGGCGUGGCCACCGCCUUUUCGCGGAGCCGGGACACGGACGGCGCCCUGCGCUGGUUCGAGGAGAUCGGGGCGUCGAGGCUGCAGCCAGACGUCGCGGCGUGGACUGCAGCGAUCGGGGCGUGCUCCUCCGCGGGCAGGUGGAAGGAGUCGCGGGGAGAGCCAGCGGACGAACCGCCCACGGUGUCAGAUGCGGUGGCCAAGGCCAGGAAGGCAGUGGCAGCGCUCCGCAGGCUCGGCAUCGAUGACACCAGCAGCUUGCUCAUUGCAGCACGGCGACAGUUACAGGAGGCCGAAGAAGCAGAGCGAGCAGCACGAACUCCAGACGAUCAGUUGCGCAGAUCGUCGGACCGACAGGUGCAGAAAUCCAAAGAGGUUGCCCAGCUUUGCGAUGUGGUGGCCGAGCAUCAGGAGAACUUUGAGACCAGAAACGCCGAGUUGCAGCUAACUGAGGGCGAGCUCACCGCAAUCAACUCAGAGGUGCAGGUUGCGCGCGCGGCAGCCCUCGCCACCGCUACCGCAGGUGAGGCCCGCGCUAUCCCAGACACGGACGUGGAUGAUGCAUUGGAGCGACUGGGGAAGAUUGUCCAGGCGGCUCCGUCGGUCACGGCGGGGAAUGAAGGGACCUACCUCAUUUCCCACGCGCGUCAGUUCCAGGAGGUGGUGGCCAGCGUGGCAAAGCAGAGGACCGCCUGGAUCACGCACGCCGCCCGUCAGCGGCGGCAGGGCAGGAACUUUGUUCACGUGGACAUCGGCGCCUUCUCGUCGAAGAGCGGCGCGAUCGCCGGCUCUUCCCACCUCGAGCAGGGAUGGACGCUCGGAGGCUCCAACGUUAACAAGCUCGCCAGGAUCGGGGAGGUCCUGAGCUUCUACGCCUUGCCAGCAGGCUGCGCGCGCAUCAGCGAGCGCAUUGCCAGUGACAUCGUGCGCGUGCUCACAUGCAUAGCAGCGCAGCCCAUGCGCACCCGCCCGCGCUUGACGCAGUUCCUGGGUGUCUUCAUCGAGAAGACUGCACGACGCGAUGAGUUUCGCCGCGCGGGGGCGCGUGCCAAGUCCUCUAGGAAGUUGAUCCGCACCGAGCCAGGCGCCGCCCCACUCGACCUCGACGGCAGCCUGUUCCAGGAUCAGGACGAAGGCCUCCUCAGGGGACAUGGGUGA